AGUUGAAGUGAGUUGUUGUGCCGUAUUAAGGCAGACAGAGAAGUGUUUGAGUGUUUGAGUGUUCGAGGAGUCGUACAGCCUCACAGCGGGACAUGGAGCGCCUCACUGCGGCUCUCUUACAGCUGCUGAUGCUGGGACUCGUUCAGAGCUGGAAUGACGACAGCGUGCUGCUGCGGGACGUCCAGGUGUUGACUCUGUACAAGGAUCGCUACACCAGAGCACAGCGCUCCAAGUCCAUCCCUCAGCUCCAGUGUGUUGGCGGCUCAGCAGGCUGCCAGGCCUUCGUCCCGGAUGUGGUCCAGUGUCAGAACAAAGGCUGGGAUGGAGUGGAUGUCCAGUGGGAGUGCAAGACUGAUAUGGAACACGCAUACCGGUUUGGUCGCAUCGAGGUGAGCUGUGAGGGCUACAGCCACCCUGCUGAUGCCUACAUACUGAAGGGCUCCUGUGGGCUGGAGUACUCACUGGAACUUACUGAAGAGGGCAGAAGGAAGACUCAAGGCAGCCGGGGCUCUCACAGUGGAUUCAAUGGGUUUGGAGGUCUCGGGGGCUUUGCCUCCAGUUUCUUCAGUGGCUUCUCAGGACACAAGGAGCAGCCUCAGCAGCACAGCCAUCAGAGCUCCCACCCCUCACACAGCGAGGACUCCGGAGGCUUGCUGGUGGUUGCUGUGCUUCUGCUCUUAGCUUACGGCGUCUACAAGUUGUUCCUCAGUGGGAACACAGCCCAGGGGGGGCAGGACGGAGGGCAGACUGGGUACCCCAGAGACAAUCACCAUGACUCCACUGCAGGACCACCACCCCCAGGAUUUAAGCCUGACUUCACAGGCUAUACUGGGGCCAACCCAGGAUACGGUUUUCAUAGUGACUACACUCAGAGACAACAGUUCCCAGGUGGCCGAGCUUCUACCGGCACAGGUGGAGGCUUCUGGACUGGAAUGGGGACAGGAGGGGUCCUGGGAUAUCUCUUUGGUCGUCAGAGAAAUCAGCCGCGCAACUACUCCAAUUACACUGACAGCAGACCUCCUACCACACACUCCUCUUCCUCUGGGACACGCACUGCUUCAGGCUUCGGAGGAACCAAGAGAAGAUAGAAGCUGUGGAAGUGAACAGCUUCUCUACAGUGAAUGGCAGAGCUCUCUGUGAUUUAAGUGAUUUAGUUUAUAUAUUUUAUUUUGGAAACUUAUUUUGAGGAAAUGAUGUGAUAUUUUGGUAAGUAAUAAAUAAUUGUUUGGA